GGUCAAAAGGCUUGGAUAGAGAAGACCUUUUCAAAAAGAGAAUGCACCUAUGUAAUUGCCAACAACAAAGACAUUAGCAGGUGCUGCUGUGGCCAGCUCAUUAACCAACAUAUUCCACCUCCUUCAAGUAUAACAGCUAAUAAAAAUGAAGAAGAAACAAAGCAAGUGGAAUCUCAGCCAGAGAAAUGGUCCGUCAGUAAGCACACCCAAACGUACCCAACUGAUGCUUAUGGAAACCUUGAAUUCCAAGGAGGAGGACAUUCAAAUAAGGCCAUGUAUAUCCGUGUGUCCUAUGACACUAAACCAGAUUCUCUGCUGCAUCUCAUGGUGAAAGACUGGCAACUGGAACUGCCCAAACUUUUAAUCUCUGUCCAUGGAGGCCUCCAGAACUUUGACAUGCAACCUAAAUUAAAGCAAGUAUUUGGAAAAGGUCUGAUAAAGGCUGCCAUGACCACAGGAGCUUGGAUUUUCACUGGAGGUGUUAGUACAG